AUGUCUUCCACCCUCUUCGCCCCUUCCACCCGUGUCCCCUCCGCCGAGCGCUGGUCGUUCCUCUCCCCGCCCCCCAUGGCCCUGUCCGACUUCAACGAGGCCCGCCCCCCGAUGCCGACGGACGCCACCCCCGAGUACGCCACGACCAACACCCAAUGCCGCCUCGUCCGUGGCCAACGCCAGGUCAAGCCCCGCAACCGCGACCGCCGCCCCGAAUACCGACCCCUCAUUGAUGGUGGCGCCAACUUCCAGUUCAAGCUUCUUCCGCUCCGGGAUGCGCAGAGGCGUCAUUCCAUUGUCUACCGUUCGAUCUGA